CACUACAACCAGGAGAUGCCAGACCUCAACUGCACUUACAGACCGUCAGCAGUCAAGUGCAAUGGCUUUGAUCCUAGGGCUUUCCGCUGGGCUCAGACUAUGAGGCUGGCAGUGGAGGAGAUAAACCAGAGUAAGGAGCUCUUGCCCAAUCACACUCUUGGAUAUAAAAUCUUUGACUCGUGUGCAUAUCCACUGACAGGCCAGAGGGCUGCUCUGGCUGUGCUGAAUGGGCCAAAUGAAGCCCACUCACCCACAUGCACCGGUGCCUCUCCACUCCUCGCUGUGGUUGGGGAAUCUGGCUCUGCUCAAUCAAUCGUGGUGUCAAGAAUCCUUCAGCCCUUCAGAAUCCCAAUGAUCAGCUAUUUCUCAUCCUGUGCAUGUCUCAGUGAUAGGAGAAAGUAUCCCACCUUCUUCAGAGUGAUCCCCAAUGAUGACUACCAGGUGAAGGCCAUCGCCCAGCUGCUGCUUCGCUUCAACUGGACCUGGGUGGGUUUAGUGCGAGGCGACCAUGAAUAUGGCCGCUUUGCUGUGCAAGGUCUGCUUAAGGAGUUACAAGGGAGCAAAGUGUGUAUAGCAUACCAAGAGAUGAUCCCUCUGCUCUACAAUCGCCAGAGGGCCCUAGAGAUCAUGCAGGUGAUGCGCAGCUCUCAGGCAAAGGUGGUGGUCGUGUUUUCAGCCGAGGGGGAGAUGACUCCCUUCUUGAGGGACUAUAUGAAGGAGAAUAUCACGGGGAUCCAAUGGGUGGCUAGCGAGGCCUGGGUCACAGCCUCUGUCUUUACAGGGAGUGAAUAUUACCCGUACCUGGGGGGCACUAUUGGCUUUGGCAUCAGACAGGGUCAUAUCCCAAAGCUCAGUGACUACCUGCAGACAGUGGAGCCACACAGGUACCCCUCUAACACACUGGUGCUGGAGCUGUGGGGGGCUCUGUAUGGCUGCUCUCCCUCUCCCUCUUUCAGCUCUUUGUUACCUCCCUGCUCAGGCCAAGAGACCCUCUUGGAGCAGCACUCAGCUUACAUGAACACCUCCAGCCCCAGGGUGUCUUAUAAUGUCUAUAAGGCUGUAUAUGCAAUUGCGCAUGCCCUGCAAAACCUUCUCCUCUGUAAACCAGGCAGUGGCCCCUUCCGCAACAACUCAUGUGCUCAAAGUAACAACAUACAUCCCUGGCAGCUCCAACACUAUCUUCAGGAGGUGGCAUUCAGCAUAGAUGGAGAGGAGGUGAAUUUUGACCUGAAGGGCGACUCUAUACCGUACUAUGACAUCAUCAACUGGCAGCGAGGAAGUGGGGGGAAGAUUGAGUUUGUCAACGUGGGUUUGUUUGAUGGCACCAAAACUGCAGGAAAGGAGCUGGUGAUCCAGGAGGAAAAGAUAAUGUGGGCCGGACAUCAGAGUGAGGUGUUGGUGUCUGUAUGCAGUGCCAGCUGUCUUCCAGGGUCCCGGAAGGCUGUCCGUCGUGGGGAGCCUGUGUGCUGCUUUGACUGUGUACCAUGUGACAGCGGCAAAAUUAGUAAUCAGACAGACUCCGUAGACUGCACUCUUUGUCCUCAGGAUUUCUGGUCAAACACAGAAAGAACAGCCUGCAUCCCCAAGAAGGUGGAGUUCUUGACCUAUGAUUCUUUGGGCAUAGCCCUGACAGCGAUCGCCGUGGUGGGUGCCUGUCUCACCAUAGCUGUCCUUGCCAUUUUCUUUUAUCAUAAGAACACAGCCAUAGUGAGUUACUUUGCCACAUGUGCCUGCCUGAGUGACCAGCAACAGUUCCCAUCCUUCUUUAGAACAAUCCCAAGUGAUGCCUUCCAGGUGGUAAAGCAGAAUGUGACAGGUUUGCAAUGGAUGGCCAGUGAAGCCUGGACAGCCGCUACUUUGCUGCAAACCCCCCAUCUCAUGCCAUACCUGGGGGGCACUCUGGGUAUUGCCAUCCGUCGAGGAGAGAUACCAGGACUCAGGGACUUCUUGUUAGGAACACGUCCUGGCAAAGUGACAAAAAACAACUAUGGAAACAGCAUAGUGAGGCAGUUUUGGGAGUACACAUUUCAGUGUCGAUUCUCACCACCUCCGGCAGGGUGGUUAGAUACUGGGGGAGCACUGUGCACUGGACAGGAAGAUCUGGAGAGUGCUGUGACUGAAUUUUUGGAUGUGUCAGACCUGAGGGCACAGUACAAUGUGUACAAGGCAGUGUAUGCCCUGGCAUAUGCCCUUGAUGACAUGUUGCAGUGUGUGCCAGGCAGAGGGCCUUUCAGCGGGCACAGCUGUGCCAGUUUACAGAAACUGCAGCCAUGGCAGCUUGUGCAUUACUUGGACAGGGUCAACUUCACCACAGCAUUUGGUGAUCAAGUGUCAUUUGAUGAGAAUGGUGACGCCUUACCAAUCUAUGAUGUGAUGAACUGGUGCUGGCUCCCUGAUGGGAGCAUAACGGUUCACAAUGUGGGUGUUGUUAAGAAGUCAGCCUCCACAGGUGAAGAGCUCACACUGGAUGAAGACAGGAUCUUCUGGAAUUUUGAACCCCAAAAGCCGCCCCGGUCAGUGUGCAGUGAGAGCUGCCCACCAGGCACCCGCAUUGCCAGAAGGAAAGGAGAACCUGUGUGCUGUUUUGACUGCAUUCCUUGUUCUAACGGAAAGUUCAGCAAUGAGACUGAUUCUAUAGACUGCAUCAGCUGUCCAGAGGACUUCUGGUCCAGCCCUCAGCGUGACCACUGCAUCCCCAAAACAAUAGAGUUCCUCUCCUACCACGAGCCCUUGGGUAUCUGCUUGACAACCGCCUCAUUGCUAGGCACACUCAUCUGCACCAUUGUGCUGGGAGUCUUCAUCUAUCAUCGCAGCACUCCCAUGGUGCGUGCCAACAACUCAGAACUCAGCUUCCUGCUCUUGCUGUCACUCAAACUAUGCUUCCUGUGCUCGCUGCUGUUCAUUGGUCGUCCCAGGUUAUGGACAUGCCAGCUGAGGCAUGCAGCAUUUGGGAUCAGCUUUGUGCUGUGUGUCUCAUGUAUCCUGGUGAAAACCAUGGUGGUGUUGGCUGUAUUCAAGGCCUCCAAACCUGGAGGUGGAGCCAGUCUCAAAUGGUUUGGUGCUGUGCAGCAAAGAGGGACAGUUUUGGUUCUUACUUCCAUUCAGGCAGCAAUCUGCACAGCCUGGCUUGUCUCUUCCACACCAACUCCUCAUAAAAACACACAAUACCACAGUGACAAGAUAGUCUAUGAGUGUGUCAUAGGGUCCACGGUUGGUUUUGCAGUGUUACUGGGCUAUAUUGGCUUCCUGGCUAUCCUCAGCCUCCUCCUAGCGUUCCUGGCAAGGAAUCUUCCAGACAACUUCAAUGAGGCCAAGCUCAUCACUUUCAGCAUGCUGAUCUUCUGUGCUGUGUGGGUUGCCUUUAUCCCUGCGUAUAUCAACUCCCCAGGAAAAUAUGCAGAUGCUGUGGAGGUAUUUGCCAUCAUGGCCUCCAGUUUUGGCCUCUUGAUGGCACUGUUUGGACCAAAGUGUUUUAUAAUCCUGCUGAGACCUGAGAGGAACACCAAGAAAGCUAUCAUGGGCCGAGGCACCAGCAAGAAAUAA